GCCGUUCUCUCAGUGUUGUGUUGUGUUGGGCGGCUUCUGUGAUCGACAAGAUAAGUUAUUGAUUUGACGAUAUUAAAUCCCUUUUGUAGUGUCUAGUCAGGUAUUCACAGGACUUCCUAGUACUAUGCGACCUAAAACAACCACAGACACAAGCGGUGGAACACCCCCAAUGAAAAGAGGACCAGGCAGACCUCCUUUGAAGAGGAGAAGGACUUCUUCAGUUGCAAGUGGUAGCAAGAAUGAGGACGAUGAAGAUUCAAUUCAAGAACCCUCAAAGAAGAGGAAAAAGCUGGAUCCCUCUGAAACAGUGCAUCAGCUUUACGAACUCAUUCGUAACCACAAGAAAGAAGACGGAAGUCUGCUGUGUGAUGCGUUCAUCCGGGUGCCCAAACGACGACAGGAACCUGGAUAUUACGAGGUGGUUUCAAAUCCAAUCGACCUGUUAAAGAUCCAGCAAAAGUUGAAAACAGAUGAAUAUGAAGAUGUGGAAGAGCUUCAGAAUGAUGUAGAGCUGCUCAUCAACAAUGCCAAAGCAUUUUAUAAAAGGAAUUCUCAAGAACACAAAGAUGCUUGUGAGUUAUGGGAAUUUUUUUUGGCUACAAAGCAAAAACUGCUCGAAGACCCCAAGUCCCUUACAUCUGAUGAAACACCAGAAAAAGGGAAAAUCAUCUUAAAAGUAGGCAAACUAGCAGCUGAGGUCACUGUAAAGGAGGAGCCGGAUUACCAGCCGGUGGAGAAGAAGAGACGAGGCCCUGGCAGACCGCCCAAGGAGGAGAAGAAGGGGUGGGAGGAGGAGGCGAAGAGAGCAGCAGAGAGAGCUGCAGAGAGAGAGGCAGAAGAAGAUUCAUGGAGCCAGGAGGACGAGCUGGGGGCAUGUGAGGAUCUGUUCACCGCUGUGAUGACAGCUACAGACGACACAAACCGGCCGCUGCACCUGGUGUUCCAACUUCUGCCCUCCAAGAAGAGAUAUCCAAAAUACUAUGAAGUGAUAGAUAAUCCAAUAGACCUAAGAAUGAUUGCUCGUAAAAUUCAAGACUCUAAGUACACAAAUUUGAAUGAAAUGGAGAAAGAUCUACUUCAGAUGACCCGUAACGCAUGCACGUUCAACGAGCCUGGUUCCCAAAUAUACAAAGAUGCCAAGGCUUUAAGGAAAAUCAUUCAGAGCAAGAAGAUUGAAAUAGAACAUUCUAAGCUGUCCUCUGGAAAGACCAGUGAAAGAAUAAGUAAACGGAAAGACACUGUUUCCAGAGCCAAGCGACUGCGGGGAGGCCAAUCCCUGUCCGCAAUCACGGCUGCUUUGAAAGACGACGAUGAUGAUUCCGACGAGGAACUUGUUCAUGUUACUGAGGAAGACGCGGAAAAUCCUAAAUGGCAGUUGUACUUGGCAGUCAAAUCUGCAAGUAACGCUCAAGGUCAAGAGCUAAGUGAACCAUUUUGGAAACUACCCUCCAAGCGUUACUACCCUGACUACUACAAAGAAAUCAAGAACCCUCUUUCAUUAAUGCAAAUUGGAAAGAAAUUGAAGAGAGGAGACUACGGAACAGUGAGUGAAGUGGCCGGAGACAUGAACAUAAUGUUUGAGAACGCCAAGAAGUACAACCGGGCAGACUCGCGGCUCUACAAGGACGCUGUGAAACUGCAGAAGCUGAUGCAGGCCAAGGUGCAAGAACUGCUGGAACUGGACCAUCAGUACUCUGACAGUGAAGAUGACAGUGGAGGAGAUGAGCCUCCUCCCAAGACUGUGGUGACCAGCAGAGGCAGCACUCGUUGUCUGACUAGAGGCAAGUACCUGGACAACAUACCACUGAAGCGGAGACUCUACUCUCUAUGCAAGUGCCUUAUAGACUACACGUGUGAAGAUGGGCGACAACCAAUGCUGAUGUUUAUGGAGAAGCCCAGCAAGAAGCUGUACCCUGACUAUUACAAGGUCAUAGACCACCCCAUAGACAUGCUCACCAUAGAGUCCAACAUAAAGGCGGAGAAGUACCAGUGCGAGGAAGAGAUACUGAGUGACUUCAAGCUGAUGUUUGACAACUGCAAGCGCUACAAUGAGGAGGGCAGCAUGAUCUAUGAUGAUGCCAUCAAGCUGCAGAAGAUACUGAUGGGCAGAGUGAAGGAGCUGGGCCCUCUACCUGACACUCCUGGCAGCUCGGCCAAGAAGUCAGCACCUCGCACAUUAACACCAAAGCCAAGAAAGAUAACACCAAAUCCCGGCCACUAUGGGAAAGACUACGCCAAAAUGAGAACAUUCUUUAACACCAUUAAAGACUACAAGGAUCCCAAAAAUAAUCGUCAACUGAGUGUGAUUUUCAACAAGCUUCCUUCAAAGAUUGAGUAUCCAGACUACUACGAAGUGAUAAAAAAACCAACCAACAUGGAAUCGAUUGCCCAGAAACUCAAGGUCGGUUCCUAUGAAAACUUGGACGAUCUUGUGGCAGAUUUUGUUCUCAUGUUUGACAACGCCUGCAAGUACAAUGAGCCUGACUCGCAGAUAUACAAGGAUGCCCUGAUGCUACAGAGGGUAGCUCUGCAGACCAAACUGCAGCUCAAAGCCAAUGAAGACGCAGUCCCUGACGUAACUGCAGCUGUGCAGGAGUUGCUCACAUCUCUUUUUACUGCAGUUUAUAACCACCAAGACGAGGAGGGCCGCUGUUUCUCUGACUCUAUGCAAGAACUGCCUGAACAUGAUGAGGUUGACGGCAAGAAGUUGCGAGCUCUGUCUCUGGACCUCAUCAAGCGUCGUCUGGAUGGAGGACAAUAUCGCAGACUAGACCAGUUCCAGGAGGACUUAUUUUCUUGUAUGGAGCGAGCUCGCAAGCUGUCACGCACCGACUCUCAGGUCUUUGAAGAUUCUGUGGAGCUCCAGUCGUACUUUAUCAGGCAAAGGGAUGAGUUGUGUCUGAACGGUGAUCUGCUGCACUCCCCUGCACUGAACUACACAUUGUUGGACCUGAGUGCUGCCGUGGACCUGACCAGACAACAGAAGCUGCUGCAGGAACAACCUGAGGAGGAGGAACAGACUCGCUCCUCAGAAGACAACACCAGUCGGGACGGCAGUAGCCACGGAGGUUUGGCUGUAGGAGUGGCAGACAACGCUCUCAGCUUCAACCAACAGGUGUAUCGCAUAGGAGACUUUGUGUAUGCAGAACCAAAGGAGCGAGGCAUGGACCCGAUACUGCUCAACAUCCAGCGACUGUGGACCAACCAGGAGGGACAGCAGAUGUUGUAUGGCAACCAGUACUACAGGCCACGGGAGACCUACCACGUCACCACUAGGAAGUUCCUUGAGAAGGAGGUAUUCAAGACGGACCAACACGUGGCGAUCCCUCUCAACCAGGUGCUGGGCCGGUGUUGUGUGCUCAGUGUCAAGGACUACUUCCGCUCUCGUCCAGACAACUUUGAGGAGAAGGACGUCUACGUCUGUGAGUCCCGAUACUCGUCCAAAGCCAGAGCCUUCAAGAAAAUUAAGAACUGGCCACAGAGCUUGACAGCCGGCUACAAACUAUUGCCACGGGACGAGGUGUUGGAGCCGAAGCGAGUCAUGUCCGUGUUUAGAGAGAGGGUGGAGAAACACAAGGAGGAGAUUGCAGAGCUGGAGGAGAGGGAGAAACUGGUGGAGAAGGAGAAACCGAAUGUGGUUCUCCAAACUGACGAGGCUGUCACAUACUUUGAGCAGUUCAACACCAAUGGCUUUGUGCUGAAGACUGGAGAUUGUGUGUAUGUCAAGACGGAUACUGACGCCAGAGCUAUCUCUCAGAUUGACUCCAUCUGGACUAAUGCAGAGGGAGAAGCGUAUUUCCACGGGCCGUGGCUGGUGCUGCCAUCUGCCAUCCCUCACACUCCCGCUAGGACCUUCUACAAGCAGGAGGUGUUCCUCAGCACCCUGGAGGAUACUAACUCUGUCAACAACAUCGUGGGCAAGUGUGCAGUGCUGGAACAUGGCGAAUACAUCUCCUGCCGGCCCACAGAGAUCCCAGAGUCGGAUGUGUAUGUGUGUGAGUCACAAUACGACGAGGCUCGACGAUCCAUCAAGGAGCUGCCUCGUGAAGGUCUCAAGAAGUACACUCACUCUGCCGCAGUCACGCAGGACGAGAUCUACUUCUUCCGCAGACUCAUCAACCCUCAGAAGGUUGGGGCCAAAGAGGCUGAGCAAGAAUCAAAAUCCAAUCAGUACCUGCAAAACUUUGACCAGAAUUCGUGUUCAGCCUCCUCCCCCGCCACCAAUAUCAAGUUAGAGGACAUAAUGUGUGAGGACUCCAUGGAUGGGGGCCCCCCGUCAGUAGGCUCCUUUCAUACUGGCGAGAACUCUAAUGCUAGCACACCAGUCACUAGCAAGAAGAAGAGGGAUCAGAAAAAGCUGGUCACUGGGUAUAUUCUCUACUCGGGAGAUGUGAGAAAAGGCAUCGCUGCUGACAAUCCUGCCUGUUCCUUCGGAGAAGUCAGUCGUAUGGUGGGCAAUGAGUGGCGCAAUUUACCCACAAGUGAAAAGAUCGCUUGGGAAGAGAAAGCAGCGAGGGUGAAUGAGGAGACAGCAGCCAAGAUGGCCGCUGAGGAAGCUGCUCCUGCUUCCCCAGCCACUACCGUGGCCAACCAGAACCAACAUCCAGACCUGGUGUACGAGUGUUGCUGGGACAACUGUGAUUGGCAGUUUGAGGAUAUGCAGGAUUGUAUAGAACACGCUGUAGCCGAGGGUUGCGGCCAUGUACACAUGUACUUCGCAGCUGUUCCUCCUCAUGAACUGGAGUUCCAGUGCCAGUGGAGGGGCUGCACCAGGAUGAGGAAGGCCAUCGCACCGUUCCCCAGUCUGCACCGGCUGGCGCGACAUGUCAAGGAAGUGCACAUCAUGAAGAGUCAGGGCCGUGUGGUGCAUCCUGACCACCGCAGCAAGCAUUUCCUGGCCUCCACGCGGACCAAGCCCGUCGCCAAACCUCUGCCCAGCACGCCUCUGCCUGGCAUCGCCAUGCACGCCGCAUCAAUGGCGCCUGGAUUGUUCUACUCUCGUAAUACUCCUUCGCCCGCUUCACAGAAUGGAGGAGGUUCCAUCGGAGGUCGCAACAACGAGCCGUUGUUUGUCACAGUUCCUCCAAGACCUUCACGUCUGCUGCACUCUGAAGCUUACAUUAAGUAUAUAGAGGGACUCCACUCAGGAUCUCGCAGCAUCAGCAACUGGGAUAAGCAGUUGAAGGCGGCACAGGAAACCACUGACGCCCCGGAGUUGGCGCAACUACCGGCACACUGGCUCGGCAACGGUGUCGGUAACCAUGGCAACAUACUGACAGCACUGUGGACUCUGCGGGACUUUAUGUUCCGUGACGCACUCGGCAUCUCAAAACUAGUCUAAAUCACGACCGAUCUACCUCGUAACUCUGACGAGUUACAAGCCUGUGUAAAACUGUCAUCUUUUGUGGAUAGUGGAAAAUUCAGUCCAAAGUAUGGUUUGAUGUGCGUUUAGUGUUUUGCCCAGAGAGAAAGAAGUUUAGUAUAAUAAUAUCAAGCAAAAUUUUUAUUGUAAAACGUAUGUAGUAUUUUCUACCUACUUAAUACUGUAAAUCAAAAGACUUUUUAACGUAAGAGUUUUUGGUAAAAGAUUUAAUACUUUAAUUUAAUACUAUUACCAUUUGAUUAGUACUCUUCACAGAUUUAUUUAGAGAGUAUUUUGUUGUUUACUAUUUGUUUCUUUUUAUUUGACCUAGAAAACCACUAAAAUAAGACAAAUUACCAGCUUUAAAUAUACAAUAGGAUAAAAAAGAGUAUUUAUCAUAAUUGGAAUUGGACUAUAAUUAUUUAUGACCCUUACCUAAUGGUAUUAACCUUGAACUAUGGUCAGUACUUUUGUAAUACAGUAUAGCAGGUUAGAAUUUUGUGGGAGGAUAAAUAUUCACAUUGCUUAAAUGUGGGAAUUGUAGUUCAGCUGAUCUCUCAAUAGUUAUCAGCAAGGAAAUUGUUUUCUGUUAUUUUGAAUGUGCAAUAAUUUUCAAAAUGCAACAGAUGUAUUGCAACUACCAAAGAUUUGCACAUAAGCGUUUGCUGCAGGUAAGAAAAGUGUUUCUGUAAGAAGCAUAAAUUAAAGUUCCACAGUUAACUAUAUACAUAUGUGAAAACUCACUUAUCUGUUAUUGCUUGUUUUUGACUGGAGAUUUAUAAUAGUUAUCAAAAAUGAUCUUAUUUUGUUUUUAUCAUUAUAUAUAUACCCUAGCUAUUAUUGGUAGAUUGUAGCUUAUUUGUUUGUUCUCACCAAAACCUCAAUUUUAGUCUUACCUAGCACCAAUUCCUUAUACAUUUUUCCUAAUUUUUUUGGGUGUAAUUUAUACCAAUGUAAAACUUAUAAAUUAGCAAAUCCUUAGAUUUAAAAUCCAGAUUAUUUCAACUCUUUGUUCUACUAUUUUUUAAUGACAUAAUCAAAAGGAGGGAUUAAAAUAUGUAUUUGGUGGAAUAUGUGUUUUGAGUGUUAGAAUAGAUGUUUGGCCAUGAGUUAAUGUGAGCUAGUGUAUCUAUAUUGUAAAAUAGUAUGUUUAGGAAUUACUUCCAUACUAGUAUGACAAUUAGAAAAUAUUUCUUUUCCUUAGGCAAAAUAUUCAAAUCUGCAAAAGAAUCUCUUGAGUUUAUUUAAUAAAAUUCCAGCUAAGAAAUAUUUUGAUAGACGAAUAUUACUUUAAGGUGCAAUUAAAAAUGUCAAAAAUGUAUUGGCUUUUCACAUUUUCUGACACUGUCAAAAAUGUAUUGGCUUUUCACAUUUUCUGACACUAUUAAUCCUGUAUAGUUGACAAAUUUAGUCUAUAUAUUUAUAUUGUUUUUAAUGACUACAGCAAAGAUUCUAUAUUUUUGUCAUACUAAUAGCAGUUGAACUAAAUUUGUUAUUGAAUUAAAAUUGUUUGAAUUAUUGUAAUACAAAGAAUUUGUGUGUUUACUUGUACAGUAAUGUUUUCUUAUGUUGUCAUACAUUUUUAUACCUUUGAGUUUUGUGUCCAAAACGUGUUGUGAGUCAAAAUAAAUAAAUAAGUACACAUUUUA